UUUUUUUCCCCUCACUUUAUUUGAGUCUCUCUUUCUGAUGUUGUAUGCUAUGCUUGAGCCCUUGACUGACUCGUUUUGGUGCUCAAAGUCCAGACGAGGAAGGGGGAGAUCACAGGGUUUCUCCAAUAUCUGGAAGUAGUGAAGGUCGCCUCUGGUCUCCCUGCACAAGAUAUGGCCAUAAAAGCCAUCUAUGAAACAACGGGGAGGCGGCGAGUUGAUGUCCACUUCGUAACUACUGGUGUCCCCGGCAGAAUCGAAGAGAAUUUGGAAGGAUUUUACCUUGAACAUGGCGAUAUCUCUCUUGAAGAGGUUCUCCAAGAUCAGGAAACCGUGUACCAGUCACUCCGAGAAGGUAAUGGGAAUGCCAGGACUACAGCUUCUACUAGUGGUGGAUCUAAUGUGAAUCAUGGCCAAAGUAGUUCUGAGAAACGAGAUGUGGAAAAAGAGAGAGGAUCUUCACACUUUGCAGAUGCUGAAUCACAAUUAGCAUUUGAUGAGGCUUUAGCUAUAAGUAUGCAGGAGUUGGAAAAUCAGUUACUCAUUUCCUCCCUUAGCGAAUCAACUGGAACUGAAGCAGUUAAUAGAGAGGUCACUUCCACAAGCACUUCUACCCAGGUAUAUAUAAUUGUCUUCUUAAGUUGGGGACAAGACAACAUUGAUCCAGAUAACAUGACAUAUGAGGAAUUGCAAUCCCUAGGAGAUGCUAUUGGCACUGAGAGUAGAGGAUUGUCAGAAGAGCUUAUUUCCUAUUUGCAAACAUCGAAGUAUAAGACAGGGGGGUUCUUCUCAAAAAAAGACAAAAAGGAGGAGUGCGUGAUCUGUUAUAUGGAAUACAAAAAUCGUGAUAAGCUGAUGAUUUUGCCAUGUCAGCACCAAUAUCAUUCAAAAUGCAUUGCACGGUGGUUGAAGCAAAAUAAGGCAUGUCCUGUGUGCAAUGAGGAAGUAUUUGGGUCUUGAUUCUGGCAAUAGCUCCUGAUACUGGAUAGCUGUGGAUCAUAUUUGGUACGUAGAACGUGAUGGUUCUUGUAGUUCUCAGUUGAGUUUAGAGUCAUGGAUUCACUAAUGAUAAAAUAUGACAUGCUUAUUUCUUGGAGGGGUUCAGAAGUACCUUCAACUGUAAUAUGUAAAUGAAGAUAAAUAUAGAUCUAGUGCCAUAGGGAAUGUAUUGGUGCACAUUCUUGUAGCACGUUCUAUGCACAACUUAAAUAGGUUGAUGUUUGACCGAGAAAAGGUUGAUGUUGAUCCCUAUGCAGAUUAUCUGACCCCAUGUUCGAUAGCCCGACCGUAGUGAUGUAAUUACAUCCAUAAUUAGCUUGGUCCAUCUUUAUAGUGAUGACUGAACGAUUACUUAAGUUUUUCAUUAUUCAUUGGCUUCGUUAUUUUAUCUAGUAGAUGAAUGAGAAAUAUGGCAUCUAAGUUA